CCCCCAUUCAAACGAACCAUCAUUUCUCAUCAAAACACACUUUUCAGCAUCCUCUCCUUGUAACAAAGUCUCACACGUAUAUACAUACUCAUCUAUAUAUAUAUAUAUAUAAAUAUAUAUUAUAUAUGGCUCCUGCAACUACAACCAUGGCUUACCCCACCACACUCACCGCUCUAGCAGGGGACAAAACUCUCCAAACCAAGUUCGUUCGGGACGAAGAUGAGCGACCCAAAGUCCCUUACAACCAAUUCAGCAAUGAGAUUCCGGUCAUAUCCCUCGCCGGAAUCGACGACGACGGAGAGAACGGCAAAAGAUCAGAGAUUCGCAGGAAAAUCGUGGAGGCCUGCGAACAAUGGGGAGUCUUUCAGGUGGUUGAUCACGGCGUCGACACCACACUCAUCGCCGAGAUGACUCGUCUCGCUCACGAAUUCUUCGCUCUUCCCCCCGAAGAAAAGCUCCGUUUCGACAUGUCCGGCGGCAAGAAAGGCGGCUUCAUCGUCUCUAGCCACUUACAAGGAGAAACAGUACAAGAUUGGCGUGAGAUAGUGACAUAUUUCUCGCAGCCGCGGCGGUUGAGGGACUACUCGCGGUGGCCGGACAAGCCGGCGGGAUGGAUUGCUGCGACGGAGCGAUACAGCGAGAGAUUGAUGGAGCUGGGUUGCAAGCUGCUGGAGUUGUUGUCGGAGGCGAUGGGGUUGGAGAAGGAGGCGUUGAGCAAGGCUUGUGUGGAGAUGGACCAAAAAGUGGUGGUGAAUUACUAUCCGAAAUGCCCUCAACCGGACCUGACUCUAGGGCUGAAGCGGCACACUGACCCGGGCACCAUAACCCUUCUGCUACAGGACCAGGUCGGCGGACUCCAGGCCACUCGCGACGACGGCAACACCUGGAUCACCGUUCAACCUGUUGAAGGAGCUUUCGUUGUCAAUCUUGGCGAUCAUGGCCAUUAUCUGAGCAAUGGAAGGUUCAAGAAUGCGGAUCAUCAGGCGGUGGUGAACUCAAACUAUAGCCGACUAUCGAUAGCGACAUUCCAAAACCCUGCGCCGGAAGCGGUGGUGUAUCCACUGAAAGUGAGAGAAGGAGAGAAGGCAAUGCUGGAUGAGCCUAUGACGUUCAUGGAGAUGUAUAGGAGGAAGAUGAGCAAGGAUCUUGAGCUUGCUAAGCUCAAAAAGUUGGCUAAGGAGAAGGAGUCUCACCUUUCGCAACUUGAAUCCAAGGCCAUUGAUAAGCUGCUAGCUUAAUUGAACAUAUUUAUAUAUCUAUAUUUAUAAAUUUAUGUGUUGUCUUAAUUAAUUGUUGAAGUUGAUCCUGAAUUUUACAAGUUUUACUUGAAAGUAUGUAAUGCAUUUUAAAUUUUGAAGCUUACAAAGUACUUAUGAAGUUAUUAACAGGGUAGGUAAUCAUUUGUUACCCUGUAUUUUUGCAAA